AUGGUGAUAAACAGGCUUUGCAAGGUGGGGAAGAUGGAGGAAGCUAAUGGGUUGUUGGAGUUGAUGAGUCAAAGAGGUUUGCAGCCUGAUGUGGUGACAUGCACUACAAUGAUAAGUGGGCUUUGCAAGGAGGCGAAGGUGGAGGAAGCUAAUGAGUUGUUGGAAUGGAUGAUUCAAAGAGGUUUGCAGCCUAAUGUGGUGACAUUUACUACAAUGAUAAAUAGGCCUUGCAAGGAGGGGAAGAUAGAGGACGCUAGUGGGUUGUUGGAAUUGAUUAGUCAAAGUCGUUUGCAGCCUGAUGUGGUGACAUUUACUACAAUGAUAAAUGGGCGUUGUAAGGAGGGGAAGAUGGAGGAAGCUAAUGGGUUGUUGGAAUUGAUGAGUCAAAUAGGUUUGCAACCUAAUAUGGUUACUUUUAAUGCAAUGAUAAAUGGGCUUUCCACGGAGGGGGAGAUGGAGGAAGCUAAUGCGUUAUUGGAAUUGAUGAUUUAAAGAGGUUUGCACUUGCUGUGGUGAUUUUUAAUUCAAUGAUUAAUGGGCUUUGCAAGGAGGGAAUGACGGAGGAAGCUAAUGGGUUGUUGGAAUUGAUGAAUGAAGAAGGUUUGCAGCCUAAUUAGGUUACUUUUA